GCUCAGGACAUUCGUCAACAAGUGCCAACAUGAAAACAUCCCAAUAUUUGUCAUUGAUCCGGCCGUGCUGAGACACCUGGUGUCAGACAUUGAAUCUGACCGUCGCUGUGCCCUGUGCUCAGUCGGAGAUGUCAUCUCACUCGGCGUCUAUGGACCAAACUGGGAGAAAAAGGGAUCUCUCCUUCGAGAUCUCUCCGAUGACCAGGACGUGGUAAUAAAUGAAGUGACCUCUCCCGACCCCCGUUUGCUGUCAUUAGAGAGAUUAAAUGUCCCCAGCAUUCCUACACAUUACUUCAUCCACCAGUCAGGAAACAUUCCAUUGCAUCUGGUGGUGUUCUACAAACGGGGCAAUAAUUACUGGUGGCACAGUUCGAUUGGGAAACAGAGCGCCACGAAUAGUCAAGGAUUUAAAGGAUUAAACAUUGCUUUUGGAAAGAGUGCAGGAGCGUAUGACAGAUUCGAAGUGCGUCCCGGGAUGGUGGACGGCAUGUUCAUCCACGUCCCUCGUCCAGUAGAGGAGUUCCUUGUCCAGAUGCGAAAGGCGAAGUUCAUCGAGUGUGACUAUCACAGAGCACAAGCAUUUCUCAGGGCAAACCCUCAAACAAGCAGUCACAUUACACGAAAUGGGGCAAAAGUCCUGUUACUAAUUAAAGGUCACUGGACCACCUUGGCGUCCGGUUCCGGAUCGCCGCUGGCACAUUUCUUGGUUGGUAUCGCCAGUGUGGUUUCAUCCCAUAUACCAACGAUAUGGACAUUGAGAUUCCUAUUCAGGAUUACAGCGCAAGCAUCCUGCCGGCUAUUUUGAAGGCAGGGUUUGAACUCGUCCGAGUGGAUGGGGAGUUAUCCGACGGUUACCAGAUGGUAUUUAGAGCUCACACAAUCAUGCUUGACGUGUACUUCGUCUACGAGGAGAAGACACAUACAUGGGCUGGAUCAAUCCACCAACAAACUGGCGACAAGUACAGGUUCGUUCUUCCCAAGUCGGACACAUGCUGGACUGACUUCAUGGGUUGUCGUGUGCGAAUCCCCUGCCCGACUCUGCCCUACAUCACUGCCAGUUAUGGCGAGAACUGGAACACUUCAGUAAAGCAAUGGAACUGGACCCUGAGCGGCAGUAACGUGUACAAGAACGGCAUGUGGCCAAAUGAAUAACUAAAAGUUCGAUUCGGGAGGCAGAAACCUAUAGAAAUUAAAAUUAUCAACUGUAUUGGCAGCUCAUCACUGAAUAAAGAAAGUGUGUUUUCAGGUUUUGGUGAAAAACUUUGAGGCUGAAUAUUAUUUUAAAGGCCCCUUGUGUAACAAUGUACUUUUGUAGCAGUUUAUUUCAAAUUUGGUUCCAUAAUAUGAUGCUAUGAUAUA